AUGGCAAACUCUGGUGGCGAUCACUCGUCGAGGCCUUUUCAGCCGGGCUGCUUGCCACCAAUUGGAAGUACCAGGGGCAUGUGGGGUAGCCUGGCGUCGACGGGAAGAAGCAAGCCGUGCAUCAAUCAUGAAGAUUCGGCGAUGCGGUGGAAAAGGUUGGGGCAUGUGGGCUUUAAAGGGCCACAGACGCACAAUCACGCAGGCAGCGGCGUCAAAGGCCACGAGAAAAGCCCCGAUCCCAGAAACUUGCACCAGGUCUCAGGAAGCCCAGUAAUCGACGGGCACCUAGGCAAAAGGGCCAAUCGCCUGGGGAUCUUUGUCGUGGUGUUAAUUGGUUAUUUGCUCACCACGACAAACUAUCUCGCCGGUCUCGACUUUCAAAAACCGGGACCGAAACCUCAGCUCAAUCGUGGAGAAAUUAUUGAAACACUUCCUGUCGACCGGCUCAAGGGUCCCGGAAGUAACUCUCAAAAGUCAAUCAAGCACUCACUUCUCAAACGGGGGAAUACAGAUUGCAAUCGUUCGCUUGCUCUGCAUCGAACACUGAGGGUAGACCCUAGGCCCCGAUUUCCCAGAAUUUUGACCGAUGCCUUCUUCGGCCGCGAUGUGAAGCAGAGCAAUCAAUUCCAUGAAGCAGCCAUGAAUUGGAGGCCUCGAUUCUCAAAUCCACACUUUCCAUACUGCAAGAAUAUCAAUCUGUCAAUCAAUCAUUCGUCUUGCUCGAAUUUUCAUAUUGGGAGCUAUAUCAUGUUCGAACAAAAAUUCUUGCAGGGCUAUCUGAUUUUUGAGUAA